AUGGCGGACGAGGACGGCGAGGCCGGCGAGGCCGGCGCGGGCGCGCUGGGCUACAAGCAGAAGCAGCACAUCCCGCGGCCGCGCAACGCGUUCAUCCUGUUCCGGUCGCACCAGCAGAAGCUGCUGACAGACUACUGGAAGCAGUCCGGCCAGGACAUCCCGCACAACUGCGAGGUGAGCAAGAUCAUCAGCUACCAGUGGAAAAAACUGACGGCGGAGGAGAAGAAGGAGUGGCACGACAAGGCGGAACUGGAGAAGCAGGAGCACGCGAAGAAGUACCCGGGCUACAAGUACAAGCCGAAGCGCAAGAAGAACAGAAACAAGCUGGCCUUGGAGUUUGAGCUGCAGAACCUGGUGCGGAUGUACCCGCACGGCGCGGCGGCGGGCGCGUCUGCGCCGGCGGGCGCGUUGCCGCCACUCGGCCGCGAAGAGCCAGUGCAUCUCCAACAGCCAGCCGGAGCGUCUGCUGGAUCCCAGACGCCGAGUACGUACCUAAUGCAGCUGGCGCCCUGGGAGAACCGGUACCCGCUGGAGCAGGCGCCGGGGCCACCGGCGCAGCCGCUGGCGCGCGGCGCGGCCUCGCCCGCACCCGCGCCCGCGCAGCCCGCGUUUGGCUCGCCCCACGCGGCUAAGGCGUACGCGCCCGAGGUCUGGAAGCCGUACUACCGCCAACCCCAGCAGCCCCAGGCUCUCACCCAGCAGCCCCAGGCGCUUCCGCAACAGCAGCUCCCGCAGCAGCUCCCGCAGCAGCUCCCGCAGCAGCCGCAGCAGCUCACACAGCAGCAGCAACAGCUCACACAGCAGCCCCAGGCGCUCCAACAGCAACAGGCGCUCCAGCAGCAGCAGGCGCUCCCGCAGCGGCUCCCGCAGCACUAUCCGCCCGCCCAGCGCCAGCAGCCCUACCGAUACCCGCAACCCUACCGCUACCCCCCGCAGCAGCAGCAGUACUACCGUCUGCCCAACCUCCAGCAGGACGCCUACCUUGACCACGGCUUCCCGCAGCAUGCACUUUCCGCAAACCCAUCCUCCGCGGGCUCCAACCCCAGCCCGAUGCCUGCAAUGGGUGCGCCUGUGCAGACCGCGCGCUAUCCGAUGCCCAUACACCACCUACCGGGCUCGUCCAACACCUCGUCUGCGACGACCGCGCCCAACCUGCUGCCGCACAGCAGCAGCAACUCCAACAUUGCAGCCACGGUCGCCAUGAAUAACCUGGGCACGUCCCAUCCCGACGACAUCAGCCACGGCAAGUAG